AUGGAAUGUACCGUCGCAUUCUCUAUUCACAAGCAAACACCGUCGCUGCAGGUUGAAGAUUUUGCAUUACGACAAGCCCGCGAAGCAAAGCACACGCUCUCGCACGUCGAACUUUCUAUAUCCAUUCUCCCUAAUUAUACAAUACAAGUUCUUAGAUACGAAAGCUCAAGUUUCAGGCAUGGCGGAAAGAGCAAAAACAUGUCAAUAGAUAAUGACAGAAAUAGAUAUGGAGAAAAGCAACAGUAUAAUCAUGAGGCUCUGUGGGCAGCAGCUUACAAUCAAGAGUUCCUAGAUCGGGCACUUUUCAGGUGUUAUUACAGAAUUGCUUCAACAAAACUUAAAGACUCAUUCGGAGUGUCAAAGAACCUUGACUUUGCGUUAUCAAGGUUGCGUUCUCAUUCGGCUAAGUCGUACAAUGAGGAUCCCUUAAAUAAAAGUCACUCAAACUUCUUGAGUAUCACAGCAGAUGCAAAGUCCAUGACAAAAGAUCGGCAAUAUAAUUUGGCUAAUAAAAGCAAUGAACGUAUUGCAGCUGCAAACUGUCUUAGCUUUUGGUGUUCCCAAGCAAAUGGAGACGUGGGAGGUGACUGGGAUCGACUGGACACCCAGGUGUCGAUGGAGAAAUCACUUGAAGAUUCCCAGAGAGAUCUGCGUAAGAUUUGA